CAGAAACAAAACAGGGAAAAGAGGAAAAGAGGAGAGAUAGAGAAGACAGAGCAACGUUCGAGUGCUAAUAUUAUCAUUUAUCAAUGAUAAACAUUUGCAUUGCUUCAGUAGCAGUUUAACAUUUCAUUACAUCGCCAACAAAUUAGGACAGAGAUGUAUAACAAUAUAGGAUCUCAGCCUGCUAUGCUGCGACCGCCUGCUAAUUCCCAGUCUAAUCCAUUUGGAGACGCAUUCUCUGCAGCAGGUUCUGGGUUUAUCCGAGGUGGUUUGGGUGCCUAUGGGGAGAGAAUUCUAGGGUCCAGUUCUGAGUAUGUACAAAGCAAUAUCAGUAGGUACCUAUCUGACCCUCACUAUUACUUUCAAGUAAAUGAGCACUAUGUCAAGAACAAAUUGAAAGUUGUGCUAUUUCCCUUCUUGCAUAGAGGUCAUUGGACAAGAAUAAGUGAGCCUGUGGGUGGAAGACUUUCCUAUAGACCUCCAAUGUAUGACAUUAAUGCACCAGAUUUGUAUAUCCCGUUUAUGGCAUUUGGUACCUAUGUCAUUUUGGCCGCUCUUUUGCUGGGUCUUCGUGGAAAGUUUAGUCCGGAAUCGCUGAACUUGCUGUUUGUCAAAGGAUUGUUGGGAUGGUUUUUGCAAGUCUCUUUGUUGAAAGUAUCAUUGCUAUCCUUGGGUAGUGGGGAAGCACCCCUGCUGGACAUUGUGGCUUAUGGUGGCUAUGCAUUUACUGGAUUGUCAUUAGCUGUCCUUGGUAGGAUUUUCUGGAGCUACUCAUACUACUUUUUGAUGCCUUGGACCUGUCUUUCUACGGGGAUCUUCAUGGUAAAGACUAUGAAGAGAGUCCUUUUUGCUGAAGUGAGAAGUUAUGAUUCAAGUAGGCAUCACUACCUCUUGCUCUUCAUUGCUUUGGCCCAGUUCCCACUUUUUAUUUGGCUUGGUAAUGUCAGUGUUCACUGGCUUCUCUGAGAUGGUUACUAACUUACAGUUCAAGAAGAAAUUUUGCAGUUAGGUUUCAUUACUCCAUACGCCUCUUAUUCUCUCACUUCUCCAUCAACUUAACUCGAUUACCCUGAUUCAGUUAUGUCUUGUCAUUCUAUACUUAGGUUUCUAUUACUUGCUAAAUUGGGACACGAGUUAUUAUGAUAUAUUUGAUGGUAUAGUACAAGUAAAAUACUCUCUCUUGUCAUGGUCUCGUGAAGGAAUCAGUUUUAUUAACUAAAUAUAAUUUGUUAUCAACACAA